CGACAGCUGAACAACCUGGAAAACUUGAAAGCCGUUGGUAGCGUUGUUCACUACGGAAGCAUUAUACAGUUGCUACACCUCGAGUCAAAUAGGAUGGUUACGUUUAAAAAAAAGUACCCGGCUUUUUUGGAGAGAUCUGCUCUACGCGUGCAACUUGAAGAGGACGGCAGCGAAGGCUCGUGGCUUUGUAUUCAACCUUUGUAUAAACACAGGCAGGCGGGAGAUCCAGUAGUCGCCGGCGAUCGCGUUCUAUUAACAUCAGUGCGAACUGGGCAUGCUCUAAAUUUAAGCAUAGUUCGCCAACCAAACCAAGAAUACCAAGUGGAAGUGAACGGAAUGCUCAUGUCAAAUGUUGGCUGGCACGCUAUGCUUUAUUUGAACUACAGCCAGAACAUGCAAGAUGUCCUCAAAGGGGGCGAUGUUAUUCGGAUGUUCCAUGCAGAGACUGAACGAUUUCUCACCUGCGAUGAAUAUCAGGGUGAAGCGCAAGUAUUUCUACGUACCACAUAUCGGAUUGCGACCAAGACUGCUACAAGUUCAAAGGCCCUGUGGGAGGUUGAGGUAAUUCACCGUGAUAUGAUGCGCACUGAAGCCGGUCGCUGGAACAGUUUAUACCGUCUGAAGCACAUAGCGACUGGUUUGUAUCUAUGCGCUAAAUUUACUGAACAGCCAGUUUCUGCGUCAUCAUCCCACGAAUCCGAAGACCAUUGCAAUUUUUAUUUGUCCGUCACAUCCAAACCGACGCUGAGCACUAUCUUUGAGCUGGAAUCGACGACUCACAUGGAAAGUUUGGAGGACUUUAUUCCAAGGGGAUCCUUUGUUCGGAUAUUUCACCCAGAAUCCGGAACUUGGGUCAAGUCAACUAACAUUGCGAUUGAUGCCGAUGCAGACAGGCCAAUCAUGCAUAAGCUGGGUUGCCUCUCUCAAAAAGAGGAUAAAGAAGCGUUUUCACUGGUGCCUGUAUCAGCCGAGACCGUGCGCGAAUUGGACUUUGCAAGCGAUGCGAUCAAACAGCUUGCAGGGAUUGCAGAUGCCUUCGAAGACGGAACAUUUUCAAGUGAGCAAAAAGGGACAUUGGUUUCACUACUAACGGAAUUAAUUCGCUUCAUGUUGGAUGGAGUGGAACCUCAUCACACAAAUUUAUACAUGCUGUCUAACGAAGGCGCUCCUGUACGUGAACGGCAGAAACUUAUUAGAGAACAAAGCAUUAUAAAGCAGGAAUUCAUAUUACUGGAAGCAAAGCUAACGAGCUUUAAGCUAUCCCGCAUUCCUAUAAAUCUGUUAUUGCAAACUAAACCGCCUGACUCACAUUUUCUGCAGGUAUUCCGCAUCCUCAGUUCUGCUGCAUUCAAUUCCCUUGACCAGUCGGAGGCUAGACCUAUGGGUGAACCACUCAAUCCGUUCUCUGAGCUUAUAUCCGAGAGUCCAGAUGACUGGGAAGCCACUGCAUCUAUUCCAGGACUGCAAUUACACGAGCUGCGGCAAAUUGGAUCACUUUGUUACACUUUUCUAAAAGUUGCUCAGAAGGACUACCGUAAAAACCAGGAGCACAUUGCACAACAGCUGCAUCUGAUGCAAUCCCAUAUUGGACUAGGAAUUAUGGCAUCCGAUACAUUAGCGGCACUUCUUCACAAUAACCGCAAGCUACUCGAAAAGCACGUAGGACCUAGAGAGAUCACUACAUUUGUCAACCUACUGCGAGUGAAUUACGACACUCGGUUGGUUGAUGAUGAGAUUUUCCUGUUGUGGAGUCGACUUCUCGAGAUCAACAAUACUGUAUCUUUAUCAUCAAAUCUAGCACCAAGGUUAAAUUAUGGCAGGAUCGCCCUGGUUGAGUUAUGCCAGCUAGCAAGUAUGCGGUCUCUAGUGAGUCAAACACAUAUGACGGACAACGAGCAUCAGCCAUUAACCAUCCUCCAGUAUUAUCAAAGUCAAAUGGAACUGUUUGCUCAAAUGUGCAGAGAGCGGCAAUACAUUGCAAUCAACUUUCUGGCACCUCAGCUGCCAAUUUCGCUUUUGCUUAGAUGUAUAGAGGAUUGUCGUCUACCAGCAGAGCUCCGUGCAGUACAUUGCAAACUGUUACUUCAUCUGCACCUGGAUAAAAGUCCGCAAGAACCUAGGCAGUCUAUUCAAUAUGUAUGGUUAUGGAGGAAGAUUGGGCGCAACUAUGGUUUAGAUGGGUAUGAUCCCAUGGAUGUGCUCACGUCAGAACAGCUACAAAGCCGCGGACAAUUCACACCGGUUAUGGAGUUCAUUAGUUCCUGCCUUGCAGACGCGGCCUCAAGUGACCGGUGGUUUCAAGACCCAUUUCAAAGCAAGCUAAUUAUGGAGGUCGUUGUGUUGGCGAAAUAUCUUGUUUACUUUUCGCUUUAUUCGUUGUCGGCGUUGCUUUCUCUUGGAAGGACACUCCUUCUCUUAAUGGACCGCUGUACACACGGGGAACCGACGACGCAUAAAUCAGGUGGACAAUGGCACUAUGAUUCUGAGGAUAAAAGUAUUGCCCGUACAAAGCUGAGCAUUUUGGAGAUACUCCAGUACAUCUUGGAUACACGCGUGAAUCACCGUGUAUACAGUCUACUUGCGUUCUACAAGCACAAAGUGGAGGGUGAUCCUCUUCUGCAACUGGUGAGAGAAGGAGCUAACAAAAUUGCUGUGAAAGAUGAAGCUUCGAUACUCACAGGUUCUGUUAAAUUUGGCUGUCAUAUGGAACAAGCAGAAAUAACUACCUUGGACAAAAUGGAGACUACAUGUACAAAGGAUGAACACUACCGAAUGAUUACAAGUGUGUUGAAUGACCAAAGAAUAACCUUCAACCCACUGGAUAUUGACGGCUGUCAUGGUCGGCUGAUGGUCAGUGUUCUGGUCCGCCUAGUGUUGUCACCAGAUCCUAAGCUGGUUGCACAUUCCCUUGAACUGUUGUUCAGGCAUUACGGUCAACACGAAGAAUUCGUGGGCGUACUAAAGCAGACGCAAAUUCUGCUUAUGGAAGACCACGUGGAAAUGUAUCACCAACUUAGCUACUACUUGACCUUGUUGAGGAAUCUCGUUGAACAGUCAGAACUAUGGAUCAAAAGGAAAUAUAGUUCAGCUUUUGAGGAUACUGAUGCUAUUUCCCGGAAAAACAUGAUUGUCAUUAAAAACAUAAUAACUAAACUCAUUCAAAUUUGCACUGCAACGAAAUCCGACUAUGUAAAUGAGACGUCACCACAAUUUAUUCAAUGGGCUUACGCUUCACACACGCAAGAGCCACAACAAGAGUCAGUGUGGUUGACAGCAAAGAACACGAUGUCCAAAGGACAACUCCAGCAGCUGUUGAAUCAUUUGGGAAUACAAGACAUUCUGCUUCAGUUUCUAAACGUGCCUUUACAUAAUGACCAACUAUCUGAUGAGGUUUUGUUGUAUACAAAGCAACUGCUCUGUAUUCUGUGCGCGGACAACCCUCAAGGACAAGCAGUGAUACACAGAAAUCUGGAUUGCUUUUUAACCGACAAAGUGAGUUGUUCAAGCACGAUGGCAGUGUCUGUGGAGCAAAGAUAUCCUCAUAAAUCUUUGGCCCCCCUUCAGACGCUGUAUGCCAACUCCCGCAGCCGUGUGAAGGUCUACGGGAAGCUCUCUUCUGAGUUCACCACAUCAAGUUGUGUCACACAGGGCUAUCCUCUACUACCUUUCCUCUUCAACUUCGUCACUGAUACGAUCAUGGAAGACUCACUGCCAGCCUCUACUGCCUGUGGGGUCGAGGUCCUCCCGGGGCGUUGGCUCGAAGGUAUCGAGUGCUCAGGCGAUAUUGCUCUUCUUGGAUCUGACCCAACGCUGGAAGACGCAGCAGUUUUUACAGCAGUAUUGUACAAGAACGCACAGUUGUGUUCAGCAAUCCAGAGGAAACAUAUUCGUCAUUUUACCCGCUGUAUCCAACUACAUGGACCUCGUUUUGUAUGGCUACAGCUACUGUCGGUCAUUCUUAAUGUCCACGAACAACCUCAGUCGUCACUUCAAGAUAUGGUUAUUUCUGAGCUGCUUUCAACAGGCGACGAACCACUGAUGCCUCUGCGCGACCCUGAUAUCAUCAUUGACUUUCUGACUGAAAAAGGAAACGAAGUCAUCAUACCUGAAACCGACCUACAUAAAACGGCAUUUAAUGAGUCACUCACUACCUCCGAAAAAAUUGCCUCACACCUAGAAUUGAUCCAUAUUUUGAGCUCAGCAGCGUCCGGCAGGAACUCCUUUGUCCAGCUGAAGUGUCAAACAUGGUUUCGACUAAAUGAUGUUGUACGAUUGCUGAUUCACCCUGUGUUACGAAUAUCUCAGUACGCUGUGCUACGUCAUACCUACCUGACCUAUCUGCAGAACGUGUUUUUUAAUACGGAAAUGGGUACUAAACAAGCAUGGGCGCCGAGCAGCUCCGUUUGGUUGCUGUGGGCGGAUUAUGUCAACGAGUUUGACCAAACCGAAUGGCAGACGGAGCUUCUACCGGACGAAAUCAAAUUCCGUACAAAACUUCUUUCCUGUCUCACCAUCUUUUUCCGUGCUGCACCAGUUCAGUGCGCUGCGUCCUUUAAGGUCCAUCACUCAUUGAUUGAACGUUUACUUAACACCCUCGCAAAACUGUCGGAAACUUCUAUUCGAUCAAGUGUUGCUAUUUGUGUACACAGCAUUUUACACCUGGCCAAGAAAAACAACCUUCAUUUGACUCAUGAAAACAACCUGGAAAAGACGUGCCAGGUGGAAUCCGACAAAUCACCAAUAAGGCAGUUCGACAGGUUCUGCACACCGUUCCAAGGUCAAAGUGUCGAUAAAAAUGCUACGUCAAAUGACAGCCAUGAGAUAUUUCAGCAGACGGGUUUAAAUAAGCCUCCGUUAUUUGAGGAGUCUGUAGUCACUUGCACAGUGAGACCGCCUACGCAGCAGGCCGUACCACGAGAGCCGUCUGAAGACUUGGGAAACACCAUACUACCCGCUGAUGUGAUCGACAUACAUUUAAAGCUUAUUUUUCGAGCCAUUGAAGUCCAGUUACGAACCACGAUCAAACAAGAAUACCGACAGCUUGCGUAUGAAUUAUGUACAUCUCAGUCUUCGAUGUUAUCAGAGAACGGGUUUCGGAAGGGUCUCACUCUGGAUACUUUUAUGUCUUCGCUCAUCCGGCAUGCACAUCGGCUGAUUGAUGAAGGCGGCAAUGGAAGAUUUUCGAAAAUUUUGGAUACACUAAAGUCCAUGGUCGCAGUUUCCCAGCAGCAAGUCGAGUCUUUGCUCUUAACCGGGGGGGAUUGUUGCGCCCAUGGCCCCAACGAACCUUGCAUGGUGUUACGCCAAGCUUCAGGCACACACCGCGGAUUAUGCGAGUUAAUCAUCAGAUGUGUCACAGAAAGUUUGAAUAACGAAGCGGUCUACAUCAAAGCUCUGGAAAUCGCCAACAGUUUACUGGCGGAAGGAAAGCGUUCACUGCAGGAUCAGUUUUUCGUCUGUCUCAACGAAGAUCGAUCAGGGGCAAACUUUUUCCACGCCAUAUUUCGGUGUUUGCAUGCCAUACAAACACAACUCAAUGUGUGCAGUGGAUCCACAGAUUUGAGAAAAAACGAAAAUGAGUGCGUGGACUAUUCGAGUCUGCCAUUUGCCAAAAGAACCCAGUCGGAUGGGGACUGGUCGGCCCCACCGCUGAAAGAUAUUUCUCGGUCAUUGCAUCCACUCCUACUCUUUAUAUCCCAUCUUUGCUCAUCUCACCAUUCCGGAUUUCAGAAUCUUUUCCGCCAUCAAAAGGACAAUGUGACGAGCUACAACUUGGUCAGUGAGAUCCUGCUACUUCUAGUCAACCUCGGCAGAGCCGCCACCUUACACAGCCAAAUGAAGCUACCGAUGUUGCCUCCAGAUGUCAAGCCUGAAUUGCGUAGCGCUCUACAACCAGUAAUCAACAAGACUGGAACAACCGACUUGGACACUUUCACAGUAGAGAUAUCUGUACCCGGAGCACUUCAACAAGCUCGUCGCUCAUCUGUCGAAUCUCGAAAUUUUCCACUUAACUCUAAAUCCCUUUCAAAAGCCCCACCAGUUGUUUUGGAGCUAAUGCUUCUCGUGCUAACAUGUCUAACCCAAUUUUGCCAGGGUCCGUGUUCAGCCAAUCAAGAUAUAAUAGUAGGUCCCAAUAUUGAUGGUUUGGAAGCCAUUGUGAAAAUCCUAACGGAAACUCUGAACUGGCUGAAACCUCGAAAAGUUAAACCGUCUUCCACUCGGACAGCUGAACAGAUUGUACGUUUGAAGCUUCAAGCUGUUCGAUUGCUGCUGAGCACAAUGGAAGGUAGAAAAGAAGAUCUUGUGGCGAACAGGAUACUGAGGAUUUUUUCCUGCAAGGACAUUAUGGCCACUAUUUACUACCACUACUCUUGCGGUCGUGAUUCAAACUGGGCUACCAAUGCGAUACGGGAAUCAAUGACUGAGGUUGGACAUUCUGUGUACUUACUUGCGCAGCAGCUCUCACACCACAAUCCCGAACUCGCACGUUGCUUUGCAGUCAAGCAAGCGAACACCCGGGUAGAAAUCGCUAACAUACAGGAAGACUCAUACAGUCAAACUUCAUGUGACAGUCAUGUAUUCCAUGCCCUAAACUUCUAUUCCGAUCGAACGGCAACAAUCGAGAUAGUCAAUGAAGACGAACAUCUGGAUAAGAUCGCCUUCCCUGUCAUCGCACAAUGUAAUUAUCUAUCGACAGACUUUAAAACCCAUCUACUUGAUUCGUGUCCAUUGAACGAGCAGUCCUCCAAAGUGUCGGCGUUGUUUUCAAAAAUCGACGAAAUUUAUGCGGAGUUGCUCUGCAAACAACACUUAUUAGCUCGUCCCGUCUACCGGUCGUUCGCGGAGCACUCCAGCUGGUUCACUGACGCCUGUUUCUACCUCACUGUGUGUAUUAACAUCAUGAUCAUAGCUUUCUAUCCUUUCGAAACUUACUGGUCUUCCCAUUAUGGAAUGCGCACAAUUUGGGUACAUCGGCACCCUAUUCCGCUAUGGCCACUGCUUCCUUCGGUCUGUCUUGCUUCGCUCUACUUUCUGGCCAAAUUACCUGUGUAUUGCACAGUUGGUCUUACUAGUUUCAGCGCAGUCGUCUAUCUCGGUGGUCUUCAUGCAGUCCUGGCACUGGGUUGUCUGAAUCUACUACUUAGAAUUCUCAAUCUAUGCGUUGGCCUGGAGGAACAUCGAAAUCUGGUUCGCUUCAGACAAUCUGUACCAGCAGCCUUUCUGUCAACAAGUUCCCUCACCGAAUUUCCCGAAAAGAAACCGGUAGUGGUACCAACAAGGCUUAUGAUGGCAAGUACUUCUGUUCAACGCAGUGUUGUCUGCUGGGAGGCCCUCUCUUCGUUCACAACGAAUUUGGUUUACUCACUUAAAUCGCUUACUUCCUCGUUGACGCAAUUUCCUCGGUCAAUAUAUCUGCAGCUGCUGUUUACCAUGUUAACAGGACUUGGUCUUUUUGUUCAUCCAUUUUUUCACAGCCUUGUGCUCUUGGAUGUGGUCAAUCGAGAGGAAACGUUGCUGAAUGUGAUUCGAUCAGUGACGAAAAACGGUCGCUCAAUCCUACUGACUGCAGUCUUGGCUCUGGUAAUAAUCUACAUGUAUGCUCUCCUGGGCUAUCUUUUUUUCCGAGAUGAUUUCCUAUUGGAUGUGGAAGCAAAUUCGGUUGAAAAGGAUAGCUGUCAUGACGCUGAUAUUGCAUCGGAUUCCCCCAACCGGACUUUGCUGAACUGCACGGAUCCAGAACAACUCAGUGAACCAUUCAGAGAACGCCACUGUGAUUCUCUACGUAUGUGUAUUUUGACAACUCUUCAUGAAGGUAUCCGAAACGGAGGUGGGAUUGGCGAUGUCCUUAGGCGCCCAAGUAUUCAGAAACUACCUGUUGAUUACCCUAUUUCGUUUCCGCUUACCAAGGAGAACCACUUUUUGACGCGUACGAUCUACGACUUGUCAUUCUUUGUGAUUGUGAUCAUUAUCAUUCUAAACGUGGUAUUCGGCGUGAUCGUGGACACAUUCGCUGCACUUCGUCAAGAAAAGCAGGACCGCGAAGAACUGGCCAGAAACAACUGCUGUGUUUGUGGAUUGCAGCGCCCCGUAUUCGAACAAAACGGACUGAGUUUUGAUGCACAUGUGAAGAGUGAACACAACAUAUGGAACUACGUGUACUUUGUUGUCCUGCUUAGAACGAAAAGUCCGGCGGAAUACACAGGACCAGAAAGUUAUGUGAAUGGCAUGUUGAAGAGGAAGGACCUAAGAUGGAUCCCAGUUCGGUGUACGUUAAAUAUUCCAAUGGAAAACAGAGGACAUGCCAAGCGAAAUGAAGAGGCUGCACAGCUUUUAGAGAAAAUAGAAAGCACUGACAAGGCGGUUAAGAAAAUGGAAAGGCUGUUGCAAAAUCUAACCGAACAAAUUAGCCGCAAACGCGUGGAGAAGACAAAAGAACACAUUUUGGCCAGCAUCGCUAAUAGAAGAACAGACGAGUUUUGAUUACUUCUCAGGUUGACGCCGGCAUGCGUUGAGACAGAUGAGUUUCUUUCAACCUACUAACUCAGGCCUAUAUUGCUCGUAUGGACAUGCCAAAAAUUUAUACUUUUGUAAUAAAGCUCACUGUCAUUGAUGCUUCAUUGUAAUGUCCACUGGAGCAAAAUUCUCUGGUUCCUACUUGUCUUGAGAACAUUAGCACUGAUGACUGUAGUUACGUAUUCUAUCGUCUUCUAUUGGCUCAUUCGCGUUUGCCGGCUUUUGAA